AAGCACGAAACAUGUCGAGCGAGGUCUUCGUUGUUGCUGGAGAGGUUUCCUUUCCCUUCCCUCCGUCUGCAACUCUUUUGCUUCAAACCUAAGCGUUUCUUUCGAUUUCACAGCCCUCGCCACCAAACCAACCAAAUGGGCCGCGAGUCCAAGAAACGGAAACGGGGCCGAAAGCCUAAGAUCCCCUCCGCGGAAACCGUAGAUCUGCCCACCACCUCCACCACCGCAUUAAACGACGUCGCAUUCGACGACGUCUUCUCCGUCACCAACGUCGAGCUAAUCGACUCCCCCGCAUCCGCCGCCGGGACCGCUAACCGCAGAGGCCGCCCGAGUAAGCCGCGGCGGGCCACACCGGAGAGGGCCUUCGACAACGGGGACUUCGUGGAAGUGGCGGUGGGGCCAUUGGAGGUCUCCGGGGCGGCGGUGAGGGUGGUGCCGGCUAUGGACGCGGUGGUGAAGGUGUUCUGCGUGCACACAGAGCCCAACUUCUCGCUACCGUGGCAGCGAAAGAGGCAGUACAGCUCCAGCAGCAGCGGCUUCGUGAUUGCAGGGCGGAGGGUGCUCACCAACGCGCAUUCCGUCGAGCAUUACACGCAGGUCAAGCUCAAGAAGCGCGGCUCCGACAUCAAGUACCUCGCCACCGUGCUCGCUAUCGGCACCGAAUGCGAUAUCGCAAUGCUGGCAGUCGAGAAUGAUGAGUUUUGGGAAGGGGUGUCACCUGUGGAAUUUGGGGAUUUACCUGCUCUUCAAGAUGCUGUGACUGUUGUGGGUUACCCAAUUGGAGGAGACACGAUUUCUGUGACAAGUGGUGUUGUUUCGCGAAUAGAGAUCCUAUCUUAUAUUCAUGGUUCCACUGAGCUUCUGGGUUUGCAGAUAGAUGCUGCAAUAAACUCUGGGAAUUCUGGUGGGCCUGCUUUUAAUGAUAAAGGGAAUUGUGUGGGAAUUGCAUUUCAGUCCCUUAAACAUGAAGAUGUGGAGAAUAUAGGUUAUGUGAUACCAACACCAGUCAUCAUGCACUUCAUCCAGGAUUAUGAGAAGAACGGGGCAUAUACAGGAUUCCCAAUUCUUGGGGUUGAGUGGCAGAAGAUGGAAAAUCCUGAUUUGCGGAAGUCAAUGGGUAUGAAACCUGAUCAAAAGGGUGUUCGAAUUAGAAGAAUUGAUCUCACUGCCCCAGAAUCUAAGGUUUUGGAGCCAUCAGAUAUUAUUCUCAGCUUUGAUGGGGUUGAUAUUGCGAAUGAUGGGACAGUUCCUUUUCGGCAUGGGGAGCGCAUAGGUUUUAGUUACCUCGUCUCCCAGAAGUAUACUGGGGAUAAUGCAGCCAUUAAAGUACUUCGCAAUUAUGAAAUUCUCAACUUCGACAUCAAACUUGCAACUCACAAAAGGCUCAUUCCAGCCCACAUCAAAGGCAGACCUCCCUCAUAUUAUAUUAUUGCCGGAUUUGUUUUUACAACUGUAUCUGUUCCAUACCUGCGCUCUGAGUAUGGAAAGGAUUAUGAAUAUGAAGCUCCAGUCAAGCUUUUAGAUAAACUGGUGCAUUCAAUGCCACAAUCACCAGACGAGCAGCUUGUUGUGGUUUCACAGGUGCUUGUCGCUGAUAUCAACAUUGGGUACGAGGAGAUUGUAAACACCCAGGUUAUUGCUUUCAAUGAUAAGCCUGUGAAGAAUCUCAAGAGCUUGGCCACCAUGGUAGAGAGCUGUGAAGAAGAAUUUUUGAAAUUUGAUUUAGACUAUCAACAGAUAGUGGUCCUUCGGACAAACACUGCGAAAGCAGCUACUCUACAUAUUCUUGCAACUCACUGCAUACCAUCAGCAAUAUCUGAUGAUCUAAAGUCUUGAGGUUGGAUCAUUGGUACAUGGCAAUGCUAAUUUUCUUAGACUGCACUGCUUCUGUUUUUCCUUUCUGCAACUUGUGGAGAAGAAUAUGUUAGAUUCUGAAGGGCGGACUUUCUAACCAUAUAUUUAUAGUUUCCUAGACAUUGUUUGCCCUUGUGAGACUCUGGAGAACGGUUAGGACUUAGGUGCAGGUACCUUACUGGGGAUUGAUAGUUUUCUGUUCUUUGCAAGUAAUGGAGGAAACCCUACAGGCAUUAGGAUUGAGGUGGUGGUCCUUAAUAUCAUCUUCCUAUCUUCCCCUAUAAAUUUUGGAGAGAUACGUGAGGCAUAUAGUUUUGUAAUAGCCCCCAUACAGCAUUUGGAUGUGAAUGGAACCUAAUUUGCAGAAAUUCAUAUUUAGAAAAAAGAAAGAAAGUGAAAUACCAACUUUUUAGAGGGCUUGGGAGGGUUGUGCACCAAACAAUUACAAAAGGGGGAACUUUGAAUAAUUUUAGCAUCCAGAUAGUGGCAUGUAGAACAUGUCACCCUUAAUUUUAUUAACAGUAAUCUCUAUACCUGUGAUUAGUUGGAAGACUGAAUUAAUGCUAUCAUGUGAUCAUGGAUUUGCUGAAGUACUUGUGAUCAGAAAUGAUAUUUAUAGGGUCAGCUCUCCUGCUGUUUGGUUCACCAAUUUCAUCAUCUUUCAACAUGUAGAAAGUAUUUGCAUUUUAGUUAUCUGUACAAAACACAAACUUUAAUGGCCAUGUCUUUUAGCCAAA